GACGGCGCCGUUAAACGGUGCCCGCGUGCCCGCCGCGUCGUUAAAGUCCAACCGGAACGAACGGAACGCGGCGUUUGCGUCACAAAAGCGUCGCGCGCUCGGGCGCCCGUUAGAAAUGAGCGUGAGCUCCCGGUAAACACGGUGCACGAGCCGUUCAAACGCUUCACGUCGACGGUUAAGUCACGUGAACGCGUGUACCGGGCGGGUUCGAGCCGGGCCGGUCGCUCGGUGAACUCGCGGCUCCGGUUUGAACAUUUUAGCGCGUUAAUGUUAACCGGGAACGCGCAUGCGCAGUGAGCGGCGGAUAUAAGGAUUGGCGCCGGCGCCACAGCUGAUCAUUCAUUCAUUCAGGACCGAGGAGCGCAGCCAGAACUUCAGUCGACAUCAUGUCCAGACGCAGCGGUCGCAUCACUUUGCAAACCAGAGACUCAAACACACUCGAGCCGACCGUCAGAGCGCCGCUGAAGAAGAGGAAGUCCGAGCCGUCCAAGAAAAAACUCCAACCUGCUGCCAAGAAACAGAGUUAUGAAAUCCAGAAGUGUUGGUCGGAGGACGGAGCGAGUCCGUGCGUCCUCAUCGAGACUCCCCACAAAGAGCUGGAGCCUUCGGACCCGUCCGGCUUCAAGCAGUACACCUUCAAGAACCUCUUCAUCAAGGCGUCGCCCAUCCCUCGCCUCAGCUGGGCCAGUUCAGACGACGUCUGGAUCAAGAUGCUGAACAAGGAGCUGAAGUACGUCCACGAUAAGAGCUACCUGCAGCGGCAUCCCAAGCUGCAGCCCAAGAUGAGGUCCAUCCUGCUGGACUGGCUGCUCGAGGUGAGCGAGGUGUACAGCCUCCACCGGCAGACGGCGUACCUCGCCCAGGACUUCUUCGACCGCUUCAUGCUGACGGAGGAGAACGUCAGCAAAGAGUACCUGCAGCUCCUCGGCAUCACGGCGCUGUUCAUCGCCUCCAAGAUAGAAGAAAUUUACCCGCCCAAACUGUUCGAGUUCGCCUACGUCACAGACGGCGCCUGCGACACGUGGGACAUCCAGAACACGGAGCUGAUCAUGCUGAAGGCGCUGGACUGGAAUCUGUGUCCGGAGACGCCAAUCUCGUGGCUGAAGCUGUACGCUCAGGUCGAGGCUCAGAAGGACGGAGAGAACUUCCUGGUGCCGCAGUUCUCCCAGGAAACGUACAUCCAGAUCACACAGCUGUUGGACCUGUGCAUGAUGGACUUCAACUCGUUGGACUACAGCUACAGCGUCCUCGCCGCCGCCGCCUUCUGCCACUUCUCCACGUUUGACGUGGUCCAUAAAGUCUCAGGCCUGACGUGGGAGAGCGUGGCGCCGUGUGUCCGGUGGAUGACGCCCUUCAUGGACGCUCUGCGGUCUGAAGCCAAACCUCAGCUGAAGGACUUCCCCAAAGUGAAAGCUGACGACCGGCACAACAUCCAGACCCACGUGGGGUACCUGGAGCUGCUGAGGAAAGCUCAGCGCCGCACAACCGACCUCCCCGACUCGCAGAUGUCGCCCGUUGCCGUGGGAGCCAUCCUGACUCCGCCCAGCAGCGUGGAGAAACCAGCCAAUCCGUGAGCAGCCGCACACGACCACGAGCGAGACACGCUACCUCUCCACAGUCUGACCUGAAGUGACGCCGCCGAAUGCCAAAACCUCCUCGGACCAUCGAGACCGCCGAGCGACGAAUUCAGACUUCAUGUCCUGUAGCACGUUUUGAUUUCUGAACACUAAGACUGUUUUAGGCCGUUACCAAACUUUGAAUUUUAACCCGAGACGAUCUGAACGCUCUGAACCUGUGAUGAUCUCUGAGCGUUUUUCUGGUGCUGUUCUUGAAAUCUCAGGAGAACAUUUCACACGAGGAGAGUCUGGGAAUCUUUCAUUCCACCCUGACGUGGAAACAUUCAAGUGUUUUAUUAUUAACCCUGGUGUGAACUCGUAGAUUUCUCUACACGGAGCCGCACGAACAAUCAACUUGUUGACGUGGCUCAGAUUUAUUUUUUAUUAAUAGUUGCAACCUGGUUGCACAUUCUCUUGUUACAUUCCUGGAAAACUUGACUUUCAGAGGAAAACUGGCUCCAGUUGUGCAAAGUUUUCAUUUUCAGUUCUUGUAUUUAUUGAUCAACACGAACGAGCUCCGUUUGAUCGCUGCGAGGCAAAAAAAAAGCUAUUUAUGAUUCAGCUGUGACACUCGUUUGUCCUCUUAGUGCCUUCUUUGUUUUUAAUUAAAGAAAAUUAAAGAUGAACUGUACGGCGACUUAACGAACAAACCUGACUGUAAGCUGGAGCGAACUCUGCAGUGAACAAACGAACCAUGUGAACUGUGUUAACGAAUGUAUGUUUGUGUAAAUACAGCGACUCAACAAAAUGUGUCAUUUUUCUUUUAUGAUGAAUUUUAAAUAAAAUGACGUGAGUUUG